GAAAUGAUUUGUUCAUCAACUGUGGAAAGUAGCUCUUCAUCCAUCACCAAGAUUGAUGUACUCGACGGGCCGAGAACUGCUCUCUCUCAAUCCGUUCAGCCAUCAUCUAGUUCUAUUGAAGUGCGUGACCGACGACAAACUAGAAAAAGACAGAUCUAUGUUGAUUCUACAUUGGAUGAUGGAUGCUAUGUGUGCACGAAGUCAUCUUUGCAAGCACUGUGUAAAUACUUCAUCACAAAUCCAUUGUGUGAAUUUUGUGGUGAAGAUUACACAUGGGCUUCAGCUACUUUUUCAAAUCAAGGGCACGUUUGUAAGAUUGAAGUUCCCUGUGUGUGCAAUGACUCAGUUACUUGGCUCAGUUCUGGAGUUUUGGGACACCCUGCAAAGUACUACGCCAAUGUCAGAAUGGUUCAUGCAUUCACAUGUACUGGACUUACUGAAACUCAGUAUCGUGGUUUUACUGAGGCCGCUGGCAUUGGCUGUGUGAUGGACAAAACUAUAGACACAAUAUAUAAAGACCAGGGAUUUGGAUAUAGGUCUGUAGUUCAGGAAUUGUGCAACAAGACCAUGGCUGAUGCAAGGACAGAAGUUAAAGCUACGCAAGGCUAUAUUGCAAGUGGAGAUUGUAUAAUAACAGAUGCCAGACAUGACUCAAGUAGAUCAGCCAUGCAUUCUACAGUGACAGCUAUUUCUAUGAGCAACAAAAAAAUUAUUUCUGUCUGCAACUGGAGCCGUGCAGAUGAAAGAAGUGCUCCCAGUAGCGAAGUACCAAUGACAAAACAGCUGGUAACAAACCUCACAGACACUGAAGCAUACAACGUAACAGAGGUGGCCCAUGACUGUGUGAGAUCAUUGAAAAAUUGGUUUGAGCAAAGAGGCAUCAAGAAUUCCUUUGACACCUGGCAUGGUACUAAAGGGGUAGCACGCGACAUGAAGAAAGUCUGUAGUGGUGCUCAACGUGAUGAGGGGAAGACAUGGUUCUCUGAAUUAUCGGAUAAAGCCAAAGCCACGAAAACACAUUUCUACUGGGCAAUGAGGAACAAUGAUGGGACUGAUGUUGGGUUUCAGACCUACCUAAUCAACAUAGUGAACCAUUACCAGGGCAAACAUGACCUGUGUAGUAAAGAUUCACGAUGUCAACAACCAGGCUAUCUGUGCAGCAAAAAGCCCUUGACCUCACCACAAGCAAAAGAAGCCUACAUGAAAGCUAUAACAAGGACUACCAUCUACAAGAACCCUUCUGAUUAUCUUCGGUGCCGUGACACCUUUUACAUUGAGACCUUUCAUGUGGUGGUCCUUAUAUAUGCCCCAAAGAGAAUUAACUUUGGAGACAGUACAUAUGUGACAAGGGUCAAUCUGGCCAUUUUGGAUUGGAAUGAAAAUGUUGAUCGAGAAGUCACAUCGAUUCAAUUCUAUCAACACUCCCGGCAUCCAGACAGAAUGGCCCCUACUAGAGUGCUGACACCAAAGACUUUCACAUUCAGACAAGCCAUAUGGAAUGAGGUGUUCAAGAGAAAUAAAAGAGAUGUCAACCCAUUGCCAGUUUGAUAUUCUAUAGUGAUUAUAAUAGUAGAGGUAUAGGAAAUCCAAAGGCUGUUUCUGGAAUAACACGAGCUUGGGUAGCCAACCCCUU